GCAGGAGCCCAGCCACUGAGCCAUGCCGGGCUCCGGGUGGCCUGCAGGGAGUCCAGCCCCGGCAGCCAGGUGGUCAUGAACGGCCACAGCCACAAUGGUAGCGUGGGGCGGCCGCUGGGCAGCGGGCCAGGUGUUCUGGGCCGAGACCCUCUGGACCCUGAAGCAGGCCGCCCCCUGCACCCCCCGCCCAGCCCUGGCCUCCAGGUGGUGGUGGCCAAGAGCGAGCCGUCCAGGCUCUCGCCAGGCAGCCCCCGGGGGCAGCCCCAGGACCAGGAGGAGGAGGAGGAGGAGGAGGAGGAGGACGAAGCAGGCAGGCGGAGGGGCCCUGGGAAGACCCCGACUGUGGGCCACCGCCUGGGCCACCGCAGGGCCCUCUUUGAGAAGCGGAAACGGCUCAGUGACUACGCCCUCAUCUUCGGCAUGUUUGGCAUCGUCGUCAUGGUGACGGAGACCGAGCUGUCCUGGGGGGUGUACACCAAGGACUCGCUCUAUUCGUUCGCCCUGAAAUGCCUCAUCAGCCUGUCCACCGCCAUCCUGCUGGGCCUCGUGGUCCUCUACCACGCCCGGGAGAUCCAGCUGUUCAUGGUGGACAACGGCGCGGAUGACUGGCGCAUCGCCAUGACCUGCGAGCGCGUCUUCCUCAUCUCGCUGGAGCUCGCCGUGUGCGCCAUCCACCCGGUGCCCGGCCACUACCGCUUCACGUGGACGGCGCGGCUGGCCUUCACGUACGCGCCGUCGGUGGCCGAGGCCGACGUGGACGUGCUGCUGUCCAUCCCGAUGUUCCUCCGCCUCUACCUGCUGGGCCGCGUGAUGCUGCUGCACAGCAAGAUCUUCACGGACGCCUCGAGCCGCAGCAUCGGGGCGCUCAACAAGAUCACCUUCAACACGCGCUUCGUCAUGAAGACGCUCAUGACCAUCUGCCCGGGCACCGUGCUGCUCGUCUUCAGCAUCUCCUCCUGGAUCAUCGCGGCCUGGACCGUGCGCGUGUGUGAGAGGUACCACGACAAGCAAGAAGUGACCAGCAACUUCCUGGGGGCCAUGUGGCUCAUCUCCAUCACCUUCCUCUCCAUUGGCUAUGGUGACAUGGUGCCCCACACCUACUGCGGGAAGGGCGUGUGCCUGCUCACCGGCAUCAUGGGGGCUGGCUGCACAGCGCUCGUGGUGGCCGUGGUGGCCCGGAAGCUGGAGCUCACUAAGGCUGAAAAGCACGUGCAUAAUUUCAUGAUGGACACUCAGCUCACCAAGCGGGUAAAAAAUGCCGCUGCUAACGUUCUCAGGGAGACGUGGCUCAUCUACAAACACACCAGGCUGGUGAAGAAGCCAGACCAAGCCCGGGUUCGGAAACACCAGCGUAAGUUCCUCCAAGCCAUCCAUCAGGCUCAAAAGCUCCGCAGUGUGAAGAUUGAACAAGGGAAGCUGAAUGACCAGGCCAACACGCUGGCCGAGCUGGCCAAGACCCAGAGCGUCAUGUAUGACCUGGUGUCCGAGCUGCACGCCCAGCAGGAGGAACUCGAGGUCCGCCUGGCCGCCCUGGAGAGCCGCCUGGACGCGCUGGGCACCUCCCUGCAGGCCCUGCCCGGCCUCGUCGCCCAAGCCAUACGCCCGCCGCCCCCGCCGCCGCCGCCCCGGCCCGGCCCCGGCCCCCCGGACCAGGCAGCCCAGAGCCCGCCGCGCCGGUGGCCGCCCGUGGCCCCCUCAGACUGCGGGUGACGGCUCUGCCCGCCACCGGACCCCUAAAUCUUGGCCAUCGUGUGGCCGCCGUCCCCACGCCGUCCAGGAAGCCCUGUACAGUGUCGCCUCUUGCGGUUCAAGAAGCCGAAGCUGAGUUGGGCUCGAGGACCGGGCGUCCCCACUGCCGGAGGAGGGCGGGGCGGGCGCCCAGCAGACAGGGGAGCCCGGAGCGUCCCCUGGUCACUGGCCCCUCGACUCGCCCGCGCCCCCGGAGGGUGUGGAGCAGCCGGGGAGGGUCCUUGCCGACUCUGAAUAAAGCAGGACCCACCACAUCGCGGCCUGUCGUG